GUUUUUGCAUUGGUCUGUUGCUGUUGGGCAGAGCUAAUCGAUUGGCUACUGUCUUGUUACGUAGCUAGAGUUGACAUUAGACGCCGGCGUGCAAACAUGUUAAGGUUUACAUGGGAAGGUCGGCAUAUUUGCAAGAGUUUACUGAAUUCUUUUUCAAAAACAUCAUCCCAAGGAACCAGAUACCUGCAAAAAGAGAGUCUGUGUGUACCUUGUGUGGCUCGUCACACAUCCAGCACAUCAUUGGACCAAAAUGAAUGUAGACCUAUUAAUCUACCAUCUCCGAUGACCAGAAGGACGCUGGACCCUAUGUGGUUACAUGCUGAACAAGUGGGAUAUGCUCAAAAGAGAUGCUUUAAUGUCACGCCUACAUUUGCUGGGGAGAAUGCUCUGCAGUCAGGAGAGUUUACUGAAGCUGUGUAUGAUAAAUUAGCAGAAGAAACUUUGGAUGCUCUGGCAGAAUACUUUGAAGAUCUUGCUGAUGACAACUUUACUGGAACCGACUACGAUGUUGUCUUUGCUAGUGGUGUGCUGACUGUCAAAAUAGGAGGCGACCAUGGCACGUAUGUCAUCAACAAACAAACCCCUAACCGACAGAUUUGGCUUUCGUCUCCUACAAGUGGGCCUAAACGUUAUGACUGGUCUGGUGAACGUUGGGUCUACUCACAUGAUGGAGUCACACUACAUAAGCUUCUGUCAAAUGAGUUCUCCAUCAUCUUUAAGUCUAAAAUGGACCUGUCCCACCUGAUACAUUCCCGACCAGAGGGAGUUUAGCCCACAUGCUAAUACUAUAUCCACAUAGAAACAACAGCAUACAAACUGGUUUAUUUAUCACAGGAAACUAGUUUCAUAUAUCUACAGAUUCCCACUCCCUCUAGUAGUCCAUAUAAAGUUAUAAUUUCUCAGAAUUAAUGCCUUGAAAUCAUGUUUUAAGACUGCUCUGACUUGAAGUAUGCCAGAUUGAUCAAAUGAAAGUCAUGUGUAGUUGCAGGUGGAUGUCCUAUUCUAAUAGAAUGUAUACCCAACAGCCACAUAUAUAACUCUGUUUACCACAACAGUGUACCUGUUAUGUGUAGAGUAUCAACUUUCACUGUUCAUAAGUCAGAUAAGCUGUGGGCAGGAAUCAGUCCAAAUCCAAACAUGAUUCAGCUUUGUUCUAUGCAGGUCCACAGCAACAUGCAUGCAGUAACAUUCAUUUUUGUCAGAUGGACGUCAUGCCAAUGAGUCUAUGUUGCAAUAUGUUUUCCCGGUCUGUUGGGGCGUUGCCAAAAAUAACUUAAAUAUUUCUUUUAAAACGCUGCCAGCAUCUGCACUCCAGAAAAAAGUUUUCGACGGGCCAUAAACAAGUCAGUCCCACGAUUUUCAUUUAAUGUAUUUUUUCCCCCGUAGAAUCAUUCAAGCCCAGCCUGCUCUAGUAUAUACAGGACAGAGGGGGAUUACAUGAGGCAGAUGGUUAGGGGAGACCUCUUCUAUAAGCCCCUGGGUUCAUUCUUAUUCAAACAUUCAUGAGGAUGCCAGGCGGGAAUCUUUUGCUUUAGCCGGUUUUAGCCUCUGCACAUAUCUACUUCUGUCCUUUAUACAGCCUCUUAGGAGCUUGUCUUACAAAUAAACAAGUUUUGUUGUGAUUCUGGAGUAUUUGAUAAGUUGAAUUACUGAUACAUGUUAGGUGGACUGCACACUGGGAAACUGUUCACCUUCAUCCUAAAGCUAUUCUUACCAGAAUACAAACUGUAUCACAAAGUACCACUAACCAAUGUAGUCAUUAUGCCAUACCUUCUCAGGUUUUGCAGAGUUAUUUUGUACCUUUGGUUGUAUACAUUAUUGCUGAUUCUAUGAAUGUGAGUAAAGAAUACUUGUUUAUCUGUG